UGGCUGCUAGAGCUCACUGCGUCUUACGUCUCCCAGCGCCCCAGUCCCCUAGUUGUCAAACAAAACUUCAGUUGGCGCGGCUUUACUAUCUUACAGGCUAUAGUAGACAUCGAUCACAAAUAAUUUGCAGUGUCUUUUUUUACUUAAAAAAAAAAAGUAUUUGUUCUUUCAUCUGCUGUCUACGAUGUCUUCUAACGGUACCACCAGUAUAGGCCUAAACUGCCCUAUCCCCAGUCGCUUUGAGCAGUCAAAAGACUGGUCUCAGCUGGCCGACUCCUACAGUCAGACGCCUGGAGGCACCCUGUUCUCCACGACACCUGGAGGAACCAGGAUAAUCUAUGACAGAAAGUUCCUGCUGGAAUGUCGGAAUUCACCGAUCACACGUACCCCUCCGUGCUGUCUCCCCCACAUCCCAGGGGUCACGGCACCGGCCCAGCACCCUCUGGGCAAGCUGAAGGAAAUGGACGAGAACAAAGACAUCUCGGCUGACGAUGCCCAGUUUGUGAUUGACAUCUGAACCUACUCGUCCAGACCAAUUCUUUUGGAGAAAUUGUAUUCUGUUCAGACCACUGGGUGGUCGUUCUACUGGUCAUACUCUCACUUUAGAUUCUCUCCUGUCUAAUCCUGGUGGAUGAUUAAUGAACUGUCAAACACUCAGAGAGUUGAUCUCUGAGGCUGGAGCAAGAAUUCUGGGUAAAUUUGGGAAGGGUGGCUGCAGUCAGUCUGUUAACUGCUUUCCAUCUUGAUGUUCAUCUUUAUUUUUGUAUUUUCUGUUUUUUCAGGAUUAAUGAAUUUAUAAUUUAGAGUUUUAUUCAUUUUUUCAGGAUUAAUGAAUUUAUCAUUUAGAGUUUUAUUAAUUUUUUCAGGAUUAAUUGAAUUUAUCAUUUAGAGUUUUAUUAAUUUUUUCAGGAUUAAUGAAUUUAUCAUUUAGAGUUUUAUUAAUUUUUUCAGGAUUAAUUGAAUUGAUCAUUUAGAGUUUUAUUAAUUUUUUCAGGAUUAAUGAAUUUAUCAUUUAGAGUUUUAUUAAUUUUUUCAGGAUUAAUUGAAUUUAUCAUUUAGAGUUUUAUUAAUGGGAACUCAUUUUUUUGAAGUUGCAUUUUUAUACAUGGUCUGGGGGUUGGCAGCUGAUUACAAGGGUAUUCAGAGAUGACUUCAAUUCAUCACUGCGCUCUUUGAGAGUGUGCUGUUCCACUGCAGAGAAAAUAAAUAAAACAGAAAGAAAUGUAAAGUUA